GUGAGGCUCAAAUCUCCAGCAAGUCCAGUUUAGUGGGAUUUCUGUAAAAGUGGAGAGUCCAUUGUGGUUGUGGUUUUUAUUCUGGGGUCAGUUUAAUUUUAUCUCUCAGGAAAAGGAAACGCUUCCUUCUCAACAUUAGUCUGAGAGUGUUUCAGGCUGGUUCUCCUCCCUCUGAGGGGUGAGAGGGAGUGGAUCACAGUGCGGAGCUGCUCUCUCUCUCUCUCUCUGCUCCAGCAGCAUUAUUCUGGAUCAAACUCUUCAGUGACCAACAGACUCUCGCUGCUUCUCUCCUCUGAGACAUGGGAUCUUAUCUAAGAGCCGUCUGACAGAUCAGAGACCAGCUCCAUAAAGUUCUUAUCUGGAAACUUUGUGUUGGGGAAGAGGAGCAGCUCCACCAGCAACACAGAGGAGCUGCUGCAGGAGUUCAGAGUGAGAGGUGCUGGAGAUGGUGGAAGGUUGAACCCACAGUGACGCGGGAUGGAGCCUGUGAAGAGGGACAUGGAGCUGCUCAGCAACAGCAUGGCCACCUACGCUCAUAUCAAAGCCAACCCAGAGAGCUUCGCCCUCUACUUCAUGAUGGGCGUCUGUUUCGGCCUGCUCACGGCGCUCUGCCUCCUGGUGGCCGGCAUCACCUGCAGAGCUCGCAGGUCCCGCCGCACCCGCAGACCCCCUCCUUCCCCCGAGAGGAGACAGCUGAAGGAGUCCAGCGGGGAGGAGGAGGACGAGGACGAAGAGGAGGAGGACGAGGAGGAGAGUAUCGCAGGCGUGGACGGCGAGGAGGCAGAGAUCCCCAAAGUGACAGCGGGGCCCAUGAGCGACCGCAGCAGCCAGUCCAACGGGACUCUGAGGAGCGUGAACGUGUUCGCUUCGGCCGAAGAGCUGGAGAAGGCCCGGCGUCUGGAGGAGAGGGAGCGGAUCGUCAGGGAGAUCUGGAGGAACGGGCAGCCGGACAUCCUGGUCACAGGGACGGGGACGAUCGGACGAGUACAUUACCACUAACACACACUUUGACUGUGUCGUGAGAAGACACCGCACAGACUGCAAAGGUCAAAGGUCAGGGGAACUUCGUCUUUUACCAUUCAGAGAGGGUUUGACAAAGGGGUAUGUUGAGUUGCAUUAUGGGAAUUGUAGGGUCAAGUGGGGGUGUGACGUCCCAGGUCUCGGGGAAUACCUGGACAGAACAAAGUUUGUAAAAUCCAAAGCUGCAGAUUAUUCACUUCAGGGACGAGCAGGGACCGAAACAACGAACAGGAAGUAAACCAAAUACACAAACGUCAUAAACGAGAGAGAAACAAACGUGAAAACCAACAAACUAAACGAUCGUGUCACUGCUGCGGAGUUCAGGACACACAAACAGACAAAGGACCAAUCUACAGCGUCACUGAGCAAUUAUAAUAAAGACUUGAAGACUGGUUCCUUUGUGAGGUCGUGGGAAGAAGAGAGAGAAGGAGGAGUUUAAAAAGUCUCCUGCUGUUCAUCGCUCCAAUCCAGAAUCAACCAAUCAGAGUUUUUGAUUUCCUCCUCUUGUAAAUCUGUUGUGUUUCAUAUUUCUUGUGACAUAAAUACGAUUUUUGUAUGUUUGUAUUUUAUCUUUAUAAUGUGAAUAAUAAAAUAAUUUA